UAGAUCAUUCAAUGAAUUGAAUAUGCAUGGAUGCAUUCAAGAGUGCACCGAUUGAAUUCGGACUUUGAUUUGGGCGUUAUAUAAAUAGAGCCUGCAUGCAUUGGUCUAAUAUCAUUCAUUAAAAAGAUCAAUCAUAUCAAAUUAUCAUGGAACUCAUCAUCAUCCCCAGUAAUUAUGUCCUAAUAAUUGGUGGCAUUAUUCUCUUCAUCAUGUCGUUUGCAUCUUCUUCCCUCCCACUAGUGGUAGCAAAACUCAAGAAAGAGAAGAAACAAAAGCAGGUACGACAACCCCCAGGCCCAUGGAAGCUGCCACUCAUUGGAAGCUUACACCAUGUGCUACUACUAGGCGACCUCCCACACCGCUCCCUCACGAGACUCUCGAGGAAAUACGGGCCCUUGAUGCACCUGCAGCUCGGCGAGGUGCCCGCUGUCGUUGCGUCGAGCCUCGAGAUGGCGAAAGUCAUCACCAAAACCCACGACCUCGCGUUUGCGAACAGACCGAAACUCAUGGUUGUGGAUUUGGUCUACUACAAAUCCACGGACAUUGCGUUCUCCCCGUACGCGGAAUACUGGAGGCAGAUGCGUAGGGUGUGCAUCUUGGAGAUGCUCACCAGGAAGAUGGUGAAGUCGUUCAACGCCAUCCGGCGCGACGAGCUCCAGAAGAUGGUCUCGUCUAUAAAACAUCACGUGUCGUCUUCGUCGUCGUCUUCUCAUCCUGUCAACCUAUUUGAGAAGGUGAUUUGGUUUAACAGCGCGAUGACUUGUAGGUCCGCGUUCGGGACAUUGAUCGAUGGAGAUCAGGAGAAGUUCAUCGGGAUGAUGAGGGAGGUGCUCACGUUCGCGGGUGGCUUUGAAUUGGUGGACAUGUUUCCCUCCAGAAAAUGGAUCCCUUACGUUGUAGGGACGAGAUCGACGCUCCUAAAACUGCACCGCGAGUUGGACAAAUGCUACGAGAGCAUCAUCGAAAAACACGAGCGGAACCUGCUUAGAGAUGGAUGCAAGGGCAACAAUGAAGCUGGGGAGGAAGACAUUGUCGAUGUUUUGCUCAAAUUAAAGGAAGACGAGGAAGGACGUCAAUAUCGUUUGACACGGGACAACAUUAAAGCUAUCAUCAAUGACCUAUUCUCAGCAGGGACGGAAACCACUGCGACGGCGGCGACUUGGGCAAUAGCUGAAAUGAUGAGGCAUCCAAACGUUCUCGUGAAGGCACAAGAGGAAGUUAGAGAGAAGCUAAAGGGAAAGACGACAUUCGAAGACGACGACAUGGAGGAGUUGGCAUACCUGAAGCUGGUGGUGAAAGAAACCCUGAGGCUGCACCCACCAAUCCCGCUCUUGCUCCCGAGGGAAAGCAUAGAAGAAAGGGAGAUUGAGGGGUUCGUGAUACCUGCGAAGACUCGAGUCAUCGUCAACGCGUGGGCAAUCGGGCGGGACCCGGACACGUGGACAUUCCCGGACUGUUUUUGGCCCGAGAGGUUCGCGUACCACGACGCGGACGUGCACGGGAGCCACUUUGAGUUGAUACCUUUUGGCGUGGGGAGAAGAAUGUGUCCCGGGUUGGCGUUUGGGUUGGCUAAUGUGAUGCACUCUUUGGCUGUUUUACUGUACCACUUCGACUGGGAACUGCCACGUGGAGUCACUCCCGAGAACUUCGACAUGAGCGAGACCGCUGGAUUAAAGGCAACCCGGAAGAACGAUCUUUGCUUGAUUGCUAAGCUGCCAUACUCCUCCAAACAAUAAUUAUUUAAUUAAUAAUCAUCUUAUUAAUUUGCUUCAAUUCCUUAAUUUCUUACUUCCUCGAAGUCCUUCAAAGAUUUUUCCCUUUCAUUUUUUUGUUGUCCCCAAAAGAUGUUUCCUUUAUCGAAUAAAAAAUCAAUUUUAUAUAUCAAGGAUAUUUUUAAAAAGUUAAAAAAAAUAUUUCUUUCUUAAUUUGCUAAAAAGUCAAUAAGGGAAACCAUUCUAAGGAGGGAAUAAGUAUAAGCUUAGUUGUUGUUAAAUCUCUUUUCCCUUGCAAAAGAAGCCGACAGAAAUGUUGAAGCAGUCCGGUUUUGAUUUUUUGUUGUCAAACUUGACUUACUUUUAUCGUUAAUUAAAUAAUUAUCGUAAUGUUUAAAAUUAAUAUUAGAAUAAAUACUUUGUUCGUUA